GAAAGUGCGCCCCCGCCCACCAGCUCCUAGAUGGAAUCACCGCCAUUCAUCCCGGUCGCCUCUUGUCCGCCCCUGCUCACCCUCCUCCCAUGUCGGAAACCGGCGACGGGAAGCCGCCCGACGACGACUCGACAGCCCUCGGCCGGGAGCUCAUGGACCUCGAUCUCGACAUCGACGGCUCCACCUGGCCCUUCGAUCCCAGCGCCUCCGUCUCCAUUCCUCUCUCCUCUUUCCUUCUCUCCUCCUCCUCCCCCCUCUCCCUGGCCUCCCUCAGCUUUCCUUCCCCCUCCCCGUCUCCUAUCUGGAUCGUCGAGGACAGAGCCGCCGAGAUCUCGAGCUUCCUCGAGGACUGCCCCCGAUUCCUCAACGCUAAUGAAGGCGCGAGAUGUGGGAAUGUUAAUGCGAGCAACAGCAAAGCAAGGCGGCUUCCAUUGCCAGCAGUGGAGGAGAAUGCUGAUGAUUCCCGUGUGAUAAAGGAGAGGAUGACUCAGGCACUUAGGCACUUCAAGGAAUCGACAGAUCAGCAUGUACUGGUUCAGGUUUGGGCACCCAUGAAGAAGGGAGAUCGAUGUUUUCUCACGACUUCAGGGCAACCCUUUGUUCUUGAUCCUCAAAGCACCAGGCUACUUCAGUACAGAACAGUUUCUGUGAUGUACAUAUUUUCGGUUGAUGAAGAUGGUGAAGGAUCUCUGGGCCUCCCAGGUCGGGUUUACAGGCAUAGACUGCCAGAGUGGACACCCAAUGUGCAGUACUAUAGCAGCAAGGAGUAUCCUCGCCUUGCCCAUGCCCUCAAUUACAAUGUUCAAGGGAGCUUGGCCUUGCCAGUUUUUGAACCUUCUGGCCAGUCUUGUGUUGGUGUGGUGGAGCUUGUAAUGACUUUACCGAAGAUCAACUAUGCUCGGGAGGUUGACAAAGUCUGCAAAGCUCUCCAGGCCGUAAAUCUGAAAAGUUCUGAAAUCUUGGACCAUCCAAAUAUUCAAAUUUCUAAUGAAGGACGCCAGGAAGCGCUUGCUGAAAUUCUGGAAGUACUGACUGUUGUUUGUGAAGCACAAAAACUGCCUCUGGCUCAGACCUGGGUUCCAUGCAAGCGUCGUACUAUUCUAGCACAUGGAGGUGGUUUGAAAAAAAUUUGUUCAAGCUUUGAUGGAAGUUGCAUGGGACAAGUUUGCAUGUCAACAACUGAUGUUGCAUUUUAUGUUAUUGAUGCUCACAUGUGGGGUUUUAGGGAAGCUUGUGUGGAACAUCAUUUACAAAUUGGGCAAGGAGUGGCAGGCAGGGCAUUUGCAUUACGGAAGCCAUGUUUUGCAGAAGAUGUUACCAAGUUCUCUAAGAGUGAGUACCCCCUUGUACACUAUGCUCGGAUGUUUGGAUUGGUUGGCUGUCUCGCCAUAUGCUUACAAAGUACUCAUUCAGGAGAUGAUGAUUACAUAUUGGAAUUCUUCCUUCCCCAUGACUGCAAGUACCUUAUUGAGCAACAGGCUUUAUUGGACUCUAUUUCAGCCUUGAUGAAACAAUGUUUUCGCAGCUUGAAAGUUGUUAGUGAUUUAGAACUCCAAAAAGGAAUCUCUUUUGAAAUUAUCAACAUGUUUGCGAAUGAGAAUCAUGGAUUUGAACCUAAACAUAUCUGCAAUCAAAUUUGCGACUCUCAUCUUUAUGCAUCCCCUGAAACUUACACCCUUGAGGGCUAUGAUGACUCACAGAAUGAGGGAAAUGUAACUUCUGAUUCACGGGUGCAACAUUUUCCUACACAUGCAAAUGCUGAAAAGGCCAGCAACAUACAUUUUGACUCAGCUGGUUCUCUAUUGAGCAACAGAAACAAUGGAGCUCCAGAAAAGAGGAGAGGCAAAGCAGAGAAAUCAAUCAGUUUAGAAGUUCUCCAACAAUACUUCUCUGGGAGUCUGAAAGAUGCUGCAAAGAGUCUUGGAGUUUGUCCUACUACAAUGAAGCGCAUCUGUAGGCAGCAUGGGAUUUCCAGAUGGCCAUCUCGCAAGAUCAGUAAGGUUAACCGCUCUCUUUCGAAACUGAAACGAGUGAUUGAGUCAGUUCAAGUUGCAGAAGGGGCAUUUCAUUUGACUUCUCUUGGAUGCCCACUUCCAGUUGCUGUUGGUUCCAUAUCUUGGCCGGUUAAUUUGGAUGGAUCUAAAGAAAUCACAGGUGCUGUAAAAGAUAAUGUUUCAUCGCCACAUAAAACACCAGGAAAAAAUGAUCAGCAUGACAAACUUUUGGCUCAACAAGAACUUGGUCAUGAUGAUAGCAGUCCAAUGCCAGAACCUGGUAAAGACUCUCCUUGUUCGAAAACAAAUGGUUCUUCAGAAGGGAGCAUGGACACUCCUGCUUCCCUGGGUUCAUUUCAUGAAAGUCCAGUCAAUGAAACCUUUUUGGACGAUGCAUCUCCUCCCUCUGACUUGAAACAAGGAAUAGUUGGUGAUUCUUUGGAAUUCACAUUACAACAUGCUGGAGGUCCAAGACUGCCUCCUGUAUGCUUGAUGCCUGGUGUUAAUGUGGCAAAGCCUCAACCACAGCUUGCUGGGAUGCUGAUUGAAGAUUCAGGAAGCUCAAAAGAUUUGAAAAAUCUCUGUAGUAAUGCAAGGGAUGGUUGUCAAGAUGAACAUGUGAUGGCCGCUAAUCCAUUAAAUCCCAUGGCCAUGCCAGAAACAAGGAUGGUCACCAUCAAGGCAAGUCACCAAGAAGAUAUAAUUAGAUUUCGGUUGGCCUGCACUGCUGGUAUCGUGGCAUUGAGGGAUGAAGUGACAAAGAGGCUGAAACUCGAAGUGGGCACAUUUGAUAUCAAGUAUCUGGAUGAUGAUCAUGAGUGGGUCAUGCUGGCUUGCAACGCAGACUUGGAAGAGUGCAUAGAGAUAUCAGGAUUAUCGGGUUCGCACGUGAUCAGGCUCGCAGUUCAUGACGUUACGACGCACCUGGGAAGUUCUUGUGCGAGUUUGGGAGACUAAGCAACAGAUCUCUGUGGCUCUGCUGUUCAAGUGUACAUUUUUGUUUUGUGAACCAUGUCAAGUUGAUGUACCUAAAAACAAAAAAAGAAACAAGUCAAGUUGCAUUAACUUUCCAAGGAUUAGGUAAAUGCAGUUUAGUUUGAUUAGCCAAUGAAUCCUUGCAAUGAUGGCUUAUCUUGUAUCAUUCUGGGAAGACAAUUAUGAUUUCCGUACGUGCUAUCAUUGUGUAUGUAUGAUAUUUGUUUUUUGAAA